AUGUAUCCCACAAAAUACUUGAUUGGAUGUAAAACAAAUCUCUUUCUGCAGAAAUAUAUUAACCAGAGUUUAAUGUCAAGUGACUUGAAAAUAUUAUCAGCAAACAUAAAGAAAAAUGUACUCACAAAACGGUACAAAUUUACAGUCGCAAAAACUGUAGACAUUAAAGAAAUUGUAAAAGAACAUAAAUAUGUGUCUGGAUUGCACAACUUUUCAAAUGUUAAUUUAUAUACCUCUCGUACUCACACGUGUGACCAACUAAGAAAUGAAGACUGUGGAAAAUCGGUUAUUCUUUGUGGAUGGUUAGAAUAUGUACGAUUGAAUCGCUUUAUAAUUUUAAGGGAUGGCUAUGGUUCAACACAACUCAUUAUUCCUGAAAACGCAAGCACAGAAUUAAAUAAUUUUAUUAAAAAAAUACCUCUGGAAUCAGUUUUGAUGUGUUAUGGUAGCGUAAAAUUAAGGCCUGUUGAGGAAAUAAACAAAGAUCAAUCGACAGGAAUGAUAGAAGUAAUAGUUGAUCAACUACUAUUACUUAAUGCGGUCGACACCAAACUACCAUUUCAAUUACGGAAAUUUAAUAAGGCAAAUGAAUCUUUAAGAUUAAAAUAUCGUUAUGUGGAUUUGAGAUAUCCUGAGAUGCAAUAUAAUUUGCGCCUAAGAUCAAAGUUGUUGAUGAAAAUGAGAGAGUUUUUGAUUUAUCACCGAGAGUUUGUUGAAGUCGAAACUCCUACAUUAUUCAAAAAGACUCAUGGUGGUGCACAAGAGUUCAUUGUACCAACUCACGAAAAAGGAAAAUGUUAUUCGUUGGUACAAAGCCCUCAGCAAUUAAAACAAAUGUUGAUGGUCGGUUCCAUGGAUAGAUAUUUUCAAGUAGCAAAAUGCUACCGGGAUGAAGGUGCCAAAUCUGACAGACAGCCAGAAUUUACCCAACUGGAUAUUGAAAUGUCAUUUACCAACCAAGAUGGAGUUAUGUUACUCAUUGAAGAAUUAUUAUCAUUUGUUUGGCCAUCGGAAUUGGGUAAAAUCAAAAUACCAUUUCCUCGAUUAUCGUAUGAGGAAGCAAUGAUCACAUAUGGUAGUGAUAAACCAGAUAUUGGGCGUAGUACAAAAAUUUCAAACUGGACAAAGUACAUACCAAAUGCAUCAAAUGAAGUUUUUGCACUUGUUUUAAAAAAUGCUGAAGACAAACUGACAAAGAAACAAAUAAAUGAUUUAAAAACAUUAAUAUCCACUAAUUACCCAGAUGUUAAAUUCAGUCUUUUAAAUAUCAGAUCAAUCGAGACUUUCAAAGAAAAUCUUAAAAAAAUAAUUAAUGGGAUUGACGUAGCAGCUGUGUUGGCUGCUGAUAAUAUAUCUGAACAUGAUUUAGUAGGGAUUGCUAGUGGUUCAAAAUAUAAAGCUCUAUCAGUACUGGGUAAAAUUAACGAACAUUUCAAAGUAGAUAAUUCAAGUGAUGUCCGUUGGCGUUUUGUUUGGAUAGUCAAUUUUCCUUUAUUUGAAAUGGAUUCUAAUCAAAUUCAAUCGGUUCAUCACCCAUUCACACAACCACAAACAGAAAUUACUUCUGAUAACUUAUUAGAGGUUAAAGGAUUUCAUUACGAUUUGGUAUUGAAUGGCAGUGAGGUAGGAGGAGGUUCAAUUCGUAUACACGAUGCCGAUCUGCAAACAAAAGUUAUUGGAUCCAUUUUAAAUAUACCUAUCGAGACUAUGUCUCAUCUAGUCGAAGCAUUGAAGUCUGGUUGUCCUCCACAUGGUGGAAUAGCUUUAGGCGUUGAUAGAUUACUAUCAAUUUUGUGUAACACAAAUAGCAUUCGUGAUGUUAUUGCUUUUCCUAAGACUUUUGAAGGAAAAGACCUGUUGUCUGGAGCCCCGACCGAAAUCACUACUGAAGAUAUGAAAAGAUAUCAUUUAAAAAUUGACAAUAUAGAAAAAUCAUAA